AGCAGAGCAGAGACACAAAGUCAUAUUAUUUUUUUUCCGUCACUCCUUUUCCUUUUAGAAACCCUCCUUUCUUCCACAGCUACUAUUUGACUUUGCGAGUUAAGUCCGGUAAGAGGCGCUGGUCAGCCGCUGCGCUCACACCAAACCUCCCCUGCUUUUUACUGCAUUUUGUCUCUUCGGUGUUAGCUAGCUAACGUUCCCCGGCGGCAGUACAUCUGUCCCUGCAUCCACACGCCGACAUGCCGGAGUACCUGGACGACCCGUCUUCUCUCACCAAGGACAAGCUGAAGAACGAGCUGCUGGCCCACAACGUGGAGCUACCGAGCGGGAACCCGACUAAGGACGUGUACGUGCAGCUGUAUCUGAAGAACCUGACCCCGCAGAACAAGCAGCGUGUGACGGCCGCCACUCUGGACGCCUUCUCCAGCGACGAGGAGCUACCGACGCCCGUGGUCACCAACAGAAGUCGGUCCUCCGGCAGAAAAGCCACCAGGAAGACGGACAAGACUCUGCCUGAUGAGCUGGAUGUGACCCUGCUGAGCGACGGGGGACUGAGAGACGAGCUGCUCAAACACGGAGUGGACGUGGGACCCAUUGUUGCAUCCACCAGGAAGCUGUACGAGAAGAAACUGCAGAAGCUGCUUGACGAUGGUCCCGCACAGCCAGCGGCAACACAGCUGGUCAUCACGGAGAUCCAAGUCAACCACAACGGCAACUCUGAAUCCGACCUUUACAGCGACAAGGAGGAUGAGGUGACACCAGAACCAGAACCUGAACCAGUUCCAGUGGUGGAAAGGCUGGUGAGGAGCAGAGGAAAGACUCCCGUCACCACCCGCACCCGCAGCAGUCAGCACAACAAGGUGGAGAAGAUCGCAGCCAGUGACCAACCCCCAAAGGUGGAGGAGAGCGAUGUUCUGAAAGAGCUGUUCACCAACGACAUCAGCAGUCCAACAGGCAUCAACGCAACUUGUCGACGACCAAUCCGAGGUGCCGCCGGCCGCCCGCUGAAAUCCAGCGACCUCUGGAAUGACGAGAACUCCUACUUCUCUCCCAAAACCACCAGGACCAGCAGCAACUCCUGCACCUACACCGAGAACCGCACCGUCAACAGAGUCAGCAGCCUUCCCCUCUCCUCUGCCCCCCCUUCCUCCUCCUCCUCCACUACCUCGUCCUCCGUCUCCUCUUAUUCCACCUCCUCCAGGCUCCUGUCCGCAGCGCCCCCCGCUGGUCAGAGCAAAGCAGCACGCCGCGGCAUGUCUCUGUGGAUAAAGCUGUUCCUGCUGGCCAUUGUGGCUGCGUUCCUCUUCCUGGUGUACCAAGCCAUGGAGACCAACACCAACAGCCCGUUUGAAGGCCAGGGCACAGAAGUGUCUGCUGGGAGCACAGCAUAGAGAGUCCAGGAAGUGAUGUAAGAGGAGGAGGGGGCGGGGGGAGUAGAAGCCUGCCCAACUUCUACUUUUUCCAUCUUUUUUUUUUUUUUUUUUUUUUUUAAGUGUGAAUCUACAUUGUAGCCUUUUCGUUGCCGUGGCGAUGUGAAAUCAUGGCCCUUGUUUUUUCCUCUUCUUCUUUACCUUUUAAUACCAAAUCAUUUUUUUCUGUGAAUCCAUAAAGAGAAGUGAUGUUAGCUGCUUCAAGUGACACUUCAAGGAUCUCCAUCACACGUUGUGAAAAGGACAAAUAACCGCCUCUGCUGUUGUUGUUAUGGUCCAAUCCUUGACCUUUGACCUCACAGUUGGUAAAAGUUACAGCAAAAAAGCCAAACACUAAUCA